AUGGUAGCAAGGAUGGGUUGGGGAAUUCCUGAGCAAGGGUGGAGGAAAGGUCCUUGGACUCCUGAAGAGGAUAAAUUGCUUAUUGAAUACGUGAGCUUGCAUGGCGAGGGGAGAUGGAGUUCUGUUUCUAGGUGCCCAGGUUUGAACAGGAGUGGGAAGAGCUGCAGGCUGAGAUGGGUGAAUUACCUUAGGCCAGGACUUAAGAGAGGCCAGAUAACACCUCAAGAGGAAGGCAUCAUCAUUGAACUGCAUGCUCUCCUGGGAAACAAGUGGUCAACUAUUGCUAGAUACUUGCCCGGAAGAACAGACAAUGAGAUAAAGAACUAUUGGAGAACACAUUCCAAAAAGAAAGAGAAAUGCUCUCAGAAACAAGAAAAGAGAAAAGCUCAGAUCCUCAAACAGGAAGAGGAACACCAGCAACACCUGCAGCAGCAGCUAGAAGCUGACAUGAAAAUGGUCAACACCAUUGCUCAUGAAAAGACGCAUGAAGCACCAGAAAUGAUGUACCCCGCUUUGGAGGAUCAAUGCUUGCCUGUGAUGUCUCAAGAUGUUGUAUCUUGGGCAGAUUCUGUGGUAGAGGAUUAUUAUAGACUAUGGGGUGGCUUUUGGAACUUAGAUGAUCAUCCAUAGGCUCAAAUUAUUAUAGACUAUGUGGGGGUUGUAAUUGCAUGCUCAAAAACUCUGGAAAAAAUCAAAUCGAAAAUGAGUCUAGUGAGAUAAGCAGAUAACAUAACACUACUUGUUCCCUAGAUUGGGGACAUCUCCAAUAAAUAAUAUGUUCUUCUUCCUUAAUUUGAUUA